AUGGGGCUGGGUAUACAUGUUGUCUCCACACCGCUCGGGGUACUCGUGCCUGGGCUCAGUGAAAUUCAGCUACCCUCAGUUUAUACUAUGUAUAUUGCCGAUCGAGCUCACGCCAUCACCAUAUCUUCGUUCCUGGCUCUAGGUAGAGACUGGUGGUUGUUCAGGUUAAGGUUCCAAUUGAGCCCGUGUGUGGGUGGGUUGUGGGCUCGAAACACGCAAGAGAAGCAUAUAUAUGCAAUCACUAGCCUGUCAAUGGGGUCCUUUGGGUCCAGUGGAGAAUGGGCUGGAAGCUUCUCCAGCCUGUGGUUGAUAGAUGCACAGUCGCCGAUUUUGAGAAUUAGACCUCUUCUAUCAGAGCUCAUUCGUGCAAUUAGAGAGAACAAAGCGCUGCAACUUUCAUAUCAUUUCAUAGACCGGGCCAGAUUAACAUAG